AGAGGUUGCGGUGAGCACGACCACAAAAUACACAAAUCUAUUAAAAGUUAAAUUUUAUGAAAACAUACAGACUGUACAUGUAAGCAAAUUUAAAAUGCAGUAUUAAAUCAUAACUCUAUAGCCGCCACUGUCUGGCCACAGCCCCGCACUCCUCGCCGUCGCUUGUCAUCUCACGCAGGGUGGUUCCGGUUCUGGUAUUUGGCGCCGGAAUUAAGCAACCACCAUGUUGAGCAAAAAGGCAAAGACCAAGACCACCAAGAAGCACCCUCAGUGUGCAACGUCCAACGUGUUUGCCACGUUUGACCAGUCACAGAUUCAGGAGUUCAAAGAGGCCUUCAACAUGAUUGAUCAGAACAGAGAUGGUUUCAUCAACAAGGAAGAUUUGCAUGGUAUGCUUGCUUCUCUAGGGAAGAAUCCCACUGAUGCAUGCCUUGAUGCCAUGAUGAAUGAGGCACCAGGGCCCAUUAAUUUCACCAUGUUGCUCGCCAUGUUUGGUGAGAAGUUAAAUGGCACAGAUCCUGAAGAUGUCAUCAGAAAUGCUUUUGCUUGCUUUGAUGAAGAAGCAACAGGCACCAUUCAGGAAGAUUACCUGAGAGAGCUGCUGACAACCGUGGGGGAUCAGUUUACGGAUGAGGAAGUGGAUGAGCUGUACAGAGAAGCACCUAUUGACAAAAAGGGGAAUUUCAAUUACAUCGAAUUCACAAGCAUCCUGAAACAUGGAGUAAAAGACAAAGAUGACUGAAAAGAACUUUAGCUAAAACCUUCCAAUUACAUUGUCUUACUCUGUUUUGUUUCUCACACACUUCCCCCACCCUCAUAGAACCUGUUGCAUGCAACUUAGUUUCACAGCUUUGUUUCUUUUUUUUUUUAUGUAUUUAUUCCAGAACUUUCUGCCACUUAGCCCUUGUAUAAUCAGACUGGAAAUGAGGAUGAGGGCAUAAAUUGUAUUGAAAAAGAGAUCGCCAAUAAAAAUCAACAAAUGUGAAAGCCCCCCCCCCCCCAAAAACAUAACUCUAUAAACUAGUAUGUACUGUACUACUGUAAUUGUGUAACUGCCUCCUGCUUUAGUGAGUCAGGUGUUG